GUCUCUGGUCCUGACUGCCAGGCCAAUUCUUCAUUUACUUCUUCAGUCUUUUGCUGGAUACCAUAUAGAAGCCAGUGAAGCCACAAAUAAGAGUACACUGACAAUAGGACUGAAGUAUUAAGGACUUUAGUCAGCUGGGGUCAUGGCAGCUCCAGGCUAUGGCUACUAUCGCUUGAUCAUAUUUCUUUGCAUGUUUACAGGUUACUUCUUGUAUUUUUUUAACAGAAAGACCUUCUCCUUUGUCAUGCCCUCUGUGAUGGAUGAAAUAGAUCUAGACAAAGAGGAUUUGGGAAUGAUCACCAGCAGUCAGACCAUGGCCUAUGCCAUCAGCAAGUUCAUCAGCGGUGUGUUGUCGGAUCGGAUCAGUGCCCGCUGGCUCUUCUCCAUCGGCCUUCUUGUGGUUGGGGGGAUCAAUAUAGUCUUUUCCUGGUCUUCAGCUGUAUCUGUGUUCUCUAUUCUCUGGUUCCUCAAUGGUCUGGGACAGGGAUGUGGCUGGCCUCCCUGUGGAAAAGUGCUACGAAAGUGGUUCAAGCCCUCCCAGUUUGGGACAUGGUGGUCGGUGCUGUCUUGCAGUAUGAACCUGGCUGGAAGUGUGGGUCCAGUCUUGGUCACUGUGCUCUUGCAGUAUUACAACUGGAGGACCAUCCUGACCGUGUCGGGUGGGGUUUGUGCAGCCUUCUCUUUUGUAUGUCUAGCUUUUGUUAAGAAUGAGCCUAAAGAUGUGGGCCUGCCCAGCAUUGAGGCCAUGGUCAAGAAAGAUGAAACAGGAGCCAAGACUGAGAGCUCACUGAGGGACUUCCUUCUCUCACCCUUUCUGUGGGUGCUGUCUGUGGGGUAUCUGGUUGUGUUUGGAGUGAAAACCGCGGCUACUGACUGGGGGCAACUUUUCCUCAUGCAAGAGAAGGCCCAGACAGUACUUAUGGGUAGCACCUACAUGAGUGCCCUGGAGGUGGGGGGCUUUGUUGGGAGCCUUGCAGCAGGUUUCAUUUCGGAUAAAGCUGUUGCUCAACAAGGCUUGAAGACUCAUGGCAGCCCUCGUCAUAGCUUGCUCAUUCUUAUGAUGGGUGGUAUGUACCUUUCCAUGCACUUGUUCAGAGUGACCAUCACACCUGAAAUUCCAAAGGAAGCUCCUCUUUGGGCCAAGGUCCUUCAUCCUGUGUCCAUCAUGACUGGAGUGUCUGAACAAGAGAUUUGGAUCCUGUUUCUUGGUGCCAUGUUUGGCUUUUCUUCAUAUGGACCAAUUGCCUUGUUUGGAGUGAUAGCGAGUGAAUGUGCUCCCUCAAACUUCUGUGGGACUUCUCAUGCAGUCGUAGCUUUAAUGGCCAAUGUGGGAGCUUUCAUGGCAGGACUUCCUUUCAGCACUAUUGCCAAAAAGCACAGCUGGGAAGUGGCCUUUUGGGUAGCAGAAAUGAUAAUGGGUGUGACAACCAUCUGGUUCUUUCUAGUGCGUAACAUGCGCACAAGAAUGGGAAGGAUAGCUGACAAAAUUGAAUGAUGGCUUUUAAAAUGCUCGAAACUGGGCUUAUAGAAUGCACUGAAUGAUGUUAAACAGCACCUUUUACAGAAAGAAUCUUUUUUUUUUGUCAAAUAUGAUCCACUAUGACAAAGUGAAAAUGUCCCAUAUAUUUUCUGAAAAUACAACAGUAUUGUGAAUUUGUUAAAAUGCUUUUGACAUUCAAAGAUUUUACCUUUACACAAGUUUAGGGCUCUAGCUGAUGUUUAAUUCGAGUAUUUCUUAAUUAAAAACUGAAAAAGUCAUCUGUGUUAUCAUCUGUACUUUGGUCAUACUUGAAACUUCUCCUGAACAGCUUCAGUUUGUCAGGUGCCAAUAAAAAGCAAAAAUAUUUCAAUAAUUUGGAAAAAGUGUUCAAU